CCUGUUCUGCGACAAUAGCCAGGGUCGAGCUUCGCGGCUUCCGUCUCUCCUGUCGGACGAUGCUGUCGACUCAACAACAAGGCGUGGAGCCCAGGCUCGCCGCCCGUAGGUCUCAUCCAUCCAUAUUCCGAGUAGGGAGGACACCCGUGCCGAGUCACCCGCUCAACGUAGCCUGCAAGGGGGGAGGCGGCACUUUAAGCCUCUCCCGCGCCAGAUCCCGGUUCGGACUUCCCCCGCUGGCAUGGCCAUCAUUACAAGAACCGUGUUCCGUCCACCACACAGGCAUCUUCCCGCCAUAUCUACUCAAGUGUACCCAGCGCAUCUCAGGGCCGAACCGUGUCAGUAUUCUCGGAGCGUCUUCGAUGCAGAUAUAGCUCGUCUUUGCAACAACGCCAAGGGACCUGCCCACUCCGGCGAGAAGAGCGUGGAUCUCCAUAUGGUCCCGAGCCCGAGCCUGAGCGUCUGCGUCCCCGGACUCCACUGCCUCAAA